UAAAUGACCGUGUCUCGGCUUUAAGCGGUUAUAUUUUAGAUUCGCGGCAUAUCAGCUUUUCACACAUUACGAGUAUAUACAUACCCCUCAUUUAAGGGGCCUCAUAAAGUGCUCUACUCCCUCCAAUGCGGCUUGCAGUCCCGAAUUCUUGGGCCUCUUGGCCAAGACAGCGCAACCCAAAUUCCUUUGCAGACCGUUUUUGUUCGCUCGUCUUUCGUUGAAAUUAAUUCAAAAUUAAUUGCAAAUAAAUUACCAAGCAAUUUGUGUGUCGAGCUGGUUGUUUGCGGCUUUCGUCUCUGCGCCAGCUGCAUGCAACAUUGAAAUUGUCAGAGAGUUUGAGUAUAAAUUAAUUAUAUUGCCAGUAGUAAGUUCAACUUAUGCACGUCCACGUAAUGCCAAUAAUCAUCAGAGGCGACUUCGGGCCAAUAUAAUAAGUAUCUGGCAAGUUGAUUUUGACGUUGUCCGGCUCUAACUACCCCAACUCCUUGCCUUAAUUUCGAUUCAUUUACGCAAAACCGAGCGGAAAAAACAAAACAUACUGCAAAUGGCAAAUUGCAAACUGCAAAUUGCCUUCGUCUUAAUUAUGGUGGUAUUAAAAAAUUAUUAACAAUGUGGCUGACGUUCUGCCGACAACAACAUGAACGAACUGCUGUUGUGGUGGCUUACAAUAUCAUAAGUAAUAAGGUAAUUUCUAUUGCGUGAUAAUUGAUUGUUACUCGGUGUAAAUAUUAACAUUUAUCUCUUGAGGCGCAUUUAAGUAUUUAAUUAUUUUUAUUAUUUUAUUUUUAAUAAAUGUUUUUGAUGUCCCAGAAAAUGCAAUUCGCUUUAAUGCCCUAAAUCUCUGGAUGAUUCACUUUUGUAUCUAGCCUAUGAAUCCGUUAGCAUAUGAAUCACACUGACUUCCAUUUUGCUCCAUAACCUUUCCUUAGUCAUAUGCCAGAUGGCUCCGAAAAUUGUUCCAAAUCUCGGUUGACCCCACAUCUGCCCUUAGCAAUCGAUGCAGUCCGUCCGAAUGGCCUGGCAGCUAGGAAAAGGGAUCGGAUCGUUAAUAAUUAGCGAAACGCGAUUUGGGCCACUUGGCCUCCAUGGGAGAAAAUGUAAAAACCAUGCCCACUGGCCAUGUGAGCGGAUUGCUGCGGAGCGGGCUGGAACGGAGCUGGGCCAGGAGUUUGGCAUUAAAAUAAAUUUAAUAUAGCCGUCGCGGUGGAAGCCGGUUGGUCCAAAGCUGAGCCUGAACUUGGCUGUAUGUGGCUCAUAAUUUGCGGGGGAACUGAGACUGGGAGGGGAUUGCAUCGAACCCGAAUCCGAGCUCGAAACUGAAACUGAGACACUCCACUCUGCCGCAAGUUGGCUUCAAUUAAGCCUGUGUGUGUGUGCAAUAGUUAAAGCCAAAAAUAGCAUUUAAACUCAUUAAUUUAACGCGUGAUUAUGACCAUGUUUGUAAGAGUACAACUCCGACUCGGACUCGGAGUUCGUGGCUUCGACUGCCUGCUGGAAGUCGAGUGCGCAGUAUGAAAAACGUUGCCAAAAGGCAUAAUAUUUGUUGCCUGUGUUAUUGUUGCCGCUCGCUGUUAUUGUGGCUGUUGGUUUUGGCAUUUAUUUUGCGCUUCUUUUGCGGCCAAAAUGCUCGAAAAGUUGGCUAGCUUCCCGAGAGAGGAGCGAGUCGCGCUUUUCGACUGUCGGAUUGGCCGGAUCGUUUCGCAUCGCAUUGUUGAUGUUUUAUGCAUCAGCGGGACAAUUUGAGGUCCACAGAGAAUAUUAUUUGGAAAUAGGGCUUAAAAUCUUUCAAGAACUUCUUAGCUUUGAACAAAUUAACCAAUUAAGGUUAAAUGUUUACAAUAAUUAUUUUAAAUUACAUCUGAUUCAUCGACCGGUUUGUUUUUCCUUUAGCAAGAUUCAGAGAAGAAGAAGAUUCAUAUCUCUUUAGCAAGAGAUAGAAGAAAUCUAGUAUUAAAUAUUAAAUUUAAUAUAUAUUGAAAACAAGUAUUUCGACUAUCGUCGUCCGGUUGUUUUAAGUGUUAUAUGCUAGAUAUUUCUUUUAUUUGCAAUUUAAUAUUUGCAAAAAAUUUAAAUUAUAAAUUCUAUUUUUGUGGUCGCAUUAAUUUUCCUCCCUGCAUUUGUUUGAAUGCGUCACAAAUUAAAUGCACAUUCGCUCCGGCUUAAGGAAAAACCCACAAGACAAGCUGGAAAACUGAAAACAUAAAAAAGAUGCCACAAUUGCGAUAAUUUUUCUAUUUGUUAGCAUUGCGUUUUGGCCCCGAAAGAAAUUGGCCAUGAGCAGACAUACCUUUAUGGUUUCGCCGAGCGGGAGAGCAUUAAUUUUUUUAUGUGCUCAUUGUGGGGCCAAGUCCAAGUGCAAGUCCAAGUCGGGGACCAGGUCCGAAACCCAGUCGCAGUCCCAGUCCCAGUCCAAGUCGAACUCUUACCGGGUUGUUUAUUUAGCCCAGCCAUGCAAAGGAGGACGGCAGUGGAAGGAGGAGUCAGUCUCCUCCACUUGAUAAUUGCAAUGAAAUUGCAUUCUACUUCCAUUUAGCCAAAGGCGCUAAUUCGUUUAUUAUGAGCUCGGGCGGUGGAGGAAGAGGGGCAAGAGGAGGGCGGCCGAGAUGCACUCCGCAGAUGGCAUAGAAAAUUUCCAAGAAAAAUGCAUAAUUUUCUACUCUAUGCAUUGGGUGUGGCAUAGAUAAUAAAAAUAGAAAUAACAAUGGCAACAACGAGUUUUGUGGCCGAUUUUGUUUGUUUAAUGAGCGCGCCUGCCUGGUGGGUGGGUGAGUACUGGAUACCUCAAGGAAAACGGAAAAAAGGAACACUUGGGGACUUGGGACUUGGCCAUUUGUGGCAAAACAUUCCUGUUAGUAAGUCACUGACUCAACUCAGUAAUUAGUCCACUCAAUAAUUGCAACUAAUAUGCAUGUGGAAAAACAAGGGAGAUGGAAAAAGGACUUUCAAAACUUUGUUGGUCUCAUCGUUAGUCUUCCCUGUUGGUGCUUUAUUAUUGGCACUGCCAAUUAAGUGAAAUUUAUGUGCUUCAAUAAAUUAUGAGAGGAGCAGCUGACAUAUGCGACACAGUUGGAAAAAACAGUGGGCGUGGCCAACGCCCGCCCCUUUGAGGCGCACAAGUCAAAAAUAUUGACGCAAAACUUUCGGCCAAAAAGGGACAACGCAAAUGUGGUUCCGCUGGUGAGCGCGACACAUGUCGCUAAGGUAAAAUAGUUAUUAGUAAAUAUAUUCCGCACUCUAUUUGCAUACCCGCGGCACCCCCGCCGAUGUCCACGUUCCUUGCCACAUUACACAUACGCCGGGCUGUCCGCCGAACAAGCUCGUCGGCGCUGAGGGUAACUAAUGAAACAAUUGACGUGCUGGGAGGGCACCGAAAGCCAAAGCCAAAGCUAAAGCCAGACCCAGUGCCGGUUGAUACCGGACCCGAACAGUAGUUGACUGCAAUAAUUAUUCAAGCGCCAAGAACGACAGGUGCAGGAGCAACAUCCAUCGACAGGACGAGAUCCACAGGAGCAACAGCGACGGAAGCGGGAGCAGAACAGCAGUUGCUGCAUAGACGGCUAUUAUGCGCCCAACUUAACCUGUUUUAGUAAUUAAUUUGGGUAUUGUAUGCUUAAAUUAGUUGAGAAGGCGACGGCCAAACAGGAGACUGAUGGCAGUAAAUUGAGGAUAUAUGUAUUUUGGUGAUUGGCCAAAGCUAUUGACCCCUUUCCACAACCAAAAUGAGUUGUAUGAGGAUAAAGACAGUCAUAUUUUGCAUACAAUAUUUAUAUAGGAUAUAUUCUGAAGACGAGUAUAGUUGAUGAAUGAUUUAGCAUUAACAUGUGUGAUUGUGGUUAAUUUUAUAGUAUGAAAUAUAUAGCUACUAAGCUAUCCCUAGCAAUAUUUAUUCCAUGCCACGCCAUCGAUUAGAUACCCCCGACAUUAGCUGACGUAUUCCGGCUAAUUACCGACUCCCGCCGGACCACCUGCCUCCACCUGCCUCCACCUGCCUCCUCCUGACUUGUGUCUUCGGGGGCGGUCGAAGCAUAUUUCAAAGUCCGGCUAAAUACACUUUAAUUAUGAUUUUGCGUUUAUAAUUAUGACCUAAGCUAACGGCGGCUACAAAACGAGUUGCAAGUGGAUGUCGUGCCGAUGUUGCGCGAUGUGGCGCGAUGUUGCAGCCCGGAGUUGUAGUCCGUAAUGGCCUACGAUACCCAGCGGAGUCGUCGAAUGGCUUAAAUUAAUAAUUACGCGAAAGGCAGAAGGCAAAAGGCGCAGUGGCGACUUGCAGGCGUCCUGGCUGUUUGCAUGCAAGUGAAAAUAAUUAAUGCACUUAAUGUGUAAUUAUUUCAAUUAAACAAUGCCCUUCUCCUCCCGAACGCAAUCCUGUUUCCAUAGGUUGGGUGGAGCCGGGCGGCAUUAGGGCCGGCCUAAUUGGCAUUGGCAACUUCGCUCGGCGAUCGGAGAUAGUCUCCCCCCAAUGAGCAGAAGUAUCAAUCUGCGGAUCAGAGAAACCCGUUCUCGCCUCAAGUUAACUUAAUUAUGCUAAUGUCGUGCGAGCGGCUGUCCAGUAAAUUUCCGUGAAUUUAUAUCGACGGCAAUUGGCUUAUGGUCCAAUAUAGCCAAGCACUUAACCCAGUCGCUAAUUGUCGCCGGGUGUUAACAAACUGAUUACCAGCGUUUCCCAAUCAUAAGCUGCUGUUCGCUUUGCAUGACUUACGCUCCCCACCUGCGAAAUUGGCAGCAUAAUUUGGCGCAUGUCAUGUUAGUUGUGGCUAAUGCUGCGUGUUUUUCCCCACCUUUUUUCUUUCUUAAUGCGGUUUACGAAUAUUUUUUGAUGGUCCCCUGCAAUUAUACUGCGAUUAGAAAGUUUUCGUCCGCCCGUUGGCUUAUUGAUAUACGAAUGCCGUCUAGUAUUUCUGCAUGUGUAGAUUUAGGCGGACUUUGCGACCGGGCUAAUGGCACAUUUAUUUAUUAUGGCCAUUUGGACGAAUUACGCUCGCGUGCUCUGCUCCGUGCCAGCAACUUCCUCUCCGGCAUCCUCGCAUUCUCUCGUCGCAGCUUUUAUGACCACCAGGCGAGCAUAAGGUUCCAUUUGGCCGAAUGUCUCCUAGCCAAGUCGCUCAGCUUUCUCCGCCACUUCUAGGAACCCCACGCACUUAUGAGCUAAGAAAACUUCGACUGAGAGCAUGGCUUUUGGACAUUCCAGAGAAAAUACUUUGGGUGUUGGCGAGCAAAAGCAGUGAAGAGUAAUUCAGGCCAGGAAUUCAGUGUGUGGGAUAUACAGAUGGCACUUUUUAUGAUCAAUGCUAAAAGCAUACGAUACUUUAAUAGCAAACAAAUUCUAUAAUUUGUGGUGAUUCUAUGCUAGUGCCUAAAAUACAAGAUAUAACUUUCUAUGUGCCAUAGUUCUAUUCUAUAUUUUUUUGUUUCUUUUUAUCUGUGAAAUGCAGAAUUUAUGCUUCUGCUUAAAUCUUAAUAAUAUAAUUAGUUGCAGAUGCACACACAGCGACAACAAUCUCCUGGCAAAUAUGAUUUUCCCUACUCUCCCAGUGCGCACAAUUUGAUUAUGCCAUGUCCAGCAGCUAUUUUAGAUUUGAUUUUUCUGCACGUUUCUCAGUUUUCGCAGCGUGAUGUUUUUGUUCGCAACCAAACCCCUUUUCACUCGUUGAGUAUUUUUCAUAUUUUAAUUUAAAUUAGAGGGCAACACCCACUAAGCCACUCACUGGAUGACGAUGGCUACGAGGAUGAUGAUGAUGGCGAUGGCGAUGGUGAUGAUGACGGCAGCUGCAGACAGUGGAAAGCUGGUCGUAACUCAGUCAGACACUCGCUCCGAGCUUAACGCGCUGAUGUAUGCUAAUGAGCCGGCAUUGUCGCCGGAUCCGUCUGCUUCCCUUGCUCCUGGCCCAGCUCUGCCUCCCGAUCCUGCUCCGGACCUAACUCGAUUGCCGGGGGAGGAGCUGCAGCCGGAGAGCUUCCAUAAAUAUGCAUAAUGCAAUUAACAGCCAAAUGUAAUUGCAAGCCAGAACAAGGAGCAAAAAAUAGAAAGAGGAAAAUAAAGACAGACUGGCAUUAGCAGCUGACAAACCACCCGCAUGGCAGUCACUGUCCCGUCACAUCACUUCACAUCACAUCUCUUGGUGAAGCAUGACAGUCGCUCUGCUCCUUUGGCUUUGCAUAUGCCCGACUUUUCCGAUUCUCCGAUUUUCCGACUUUCCCGGCCUGGCCAACCUGUUCGCUCACACACUUAAUUAGGCUAUUAAACAAUUGCAGAACGCAUGCUUGCUAGGCCUGUCUCCAACCAGUUUGCAACUCGCAGUUCCGCCUCGGUCCAAUCCAAAAUCCGAUCCGAUCCCAGCCGAAUAGCUUCGAAUCUGCCGCGAAUCUGUGCCAAAUUUCGCAUAGGCACUGCCUAGCCAACUUAAGGCCAAAUCGAAAAACCGACAAAACUGAAUAACCGUUGCGUGCCUAGGCCCAGUCAGCGUCUUUCGAUAUGGCCGUGCCUGUGUCUUUACACUCGAAAAAAUUGCAAUCAACAGGGACGAAUAGUAUACAUUCAAUACUCUUGUAACUGUUUGUAUAUCAUCGUGAAUGGAUGUAUCUUGAGUUGGUAAUCUAAACUGAGGAAAUACACGAAUUCUGGAAACAUUAGUUAAUAUGUUUAUUGUAUUUCUCCCAGUGUGGCCUGCCUUUGCCUCCGUCUAUCUGCGCGUAUGGCCAACUCCGCUGGAUUUACUUGACUUGGCCUGGCUGAUUGGGCGCGCGUUGUUUUGCAUUUCCAGGCCAGAAACGGCGGCUGCGUAAUAAAAUGCAUUUUAAUUUGGCUAAAUGUUCAAUUAAAUUUAAACAUGCGCAGUCCGCUGUUUGCAAUUUUGUGUUGCCUGUCGCCGUUGCAUUGAAGUUGAGUUGCAGGAGAAGUGAAUGUGUGCGACAGGACCCUCUUCCGAUUUUCUCCAAUUUUCGACCAGCUCUUUUUCGUCCAGCAGGCCUCGAUCGAAAUUUCGACUACGAAGCAAGAAAUUUUAAAUUAGCGAUUCAUGUAACGGCCUUACGGUACACAAAAUUGUCAAAAUUCCAUUUUCAUUAAAAGUUUUGGCUAAUGUUUUGGUCCUCCCUAUUAAGGGGCUUCAGCUCACGUCAGAGCGGCUCCUCGAAUAAGCCCCCAAAGCCUCCAAGUCCACCGAAGCCGCCAUCGUCACCAUCUCCACCAAAGCCUCCUUCUGCCAAGGGAGAAUGCAAGGUCCGGACGCACUGCGUUCCGGCCGCCUUCUGCGCCGAACGGGAUAAGUUCAAGUCGAUGUGGGAUCCGCCGAAGAACCUGCCUCCGCCGUAUCCCUUCGUGGUCAGCCGAUCCAAUGAGUUGUGCUGCGAACCCAACUGCACCAAGCCACUGCCCUCGUUCGACGAGAUGUAUUACCGACCCUCGUGCAAGGACGGUCCCUACCAGCGCCACUGGGUGGAGUGUCCCAAGUUCAUGAUCCGCAAGAAGAUAAUCUGCGCCUACGACAAGCUGGAGGCUCUGAGCCCCGCCCGUCGGGUGGCCAAGAGGCGCGAGCGGACAACGCUCAGCGCCGCAGCCACAGGACCCUGUCCCCAUUUUGCUCCCUUGGCACGCUGCGUGCCAGGACGUCGUCCGCCCAGAUGCCACGCGGCCAAGACGCCCUCCUGCUGCCGCAGGCUGUGUGCCCCUAUGCCCUGCUGGUCGGAUUGUAAGCAGCCUAAGCUGGCCAAGCGACCAUUUCGACCUCGGGAGUGCGAGUGCCGAUUCCCUCUGAGCCUCUGCGAAGCGGAGCGGGGUCGCCAGUGGGUCAAAAUUCAUGGUGAGAACCACGUCUGUCCCAGUGCCAUAAAGAAGGCCAAGAAGGCGAGGAAAGCCAUGCUCGAGAAAAAGAAAAAUGAUAAGAGUAAGAAGGAUAAGGGCAAGGGUAAGAAGAAAGAUAAGGACAACGAUAAAAAUAAAAAAUAAGUUUUAAAUGUUAUAAGUUUAU